GAGUCUGACUACAGCUCCUGCAGCUUGACUGUUGUUAGCAACAUCUCUGCAUACUGUUGAACGCCUCAUAAUCUUCUGGUCAACAAGCUUAAUUCACUUUGGGAUUUAAAAAACCACGGUGUGCUAUUGUAGCCGUUAACGUCACGUUACAGACGCUGUCUCUCACUGACGGUCCACUUUGGUUCCUGGUAUUUUAUAGCUAGCUAACGGUAGCGUUCGCAGAGCAGCUCCAGGGAUGGCGGAGGUUCCCGGGACUUCGAGUGAGACGAUAACGGAGACUGUUCAGAGCACACCGCCGCCGCCCCAGCAGGAGGGACGCAGCCUGACAAUCAAGCUGAGGAAGAGGAAGACGGAGAAGAAGGUGGAGUGGUCCAGUGACACCGUCGACAACGAGCACCUAGGAAGAAGGUCCUCCAAAUGCUGCUGUAUCUACGAGAAGCCUCGACAGUUCGGAGAGUCGUCCUCCGAGAGCGAGGGAGAGGACGAUGAUGAAGGCUGCGGCAGCGCUCACUGCAUCCUGGGCCACGGCAGGAGAGAUAAUGGACAGACGGGGGGUGGGGGGGCCACGGCGCCCCCAAACUCAGGGGGGUCACACAGCCACUAGUGUGGGGGUCUCGCCACGACAAUGACACAUACAAACUGCACUCUUUUUUUUAGUUUAGUCCAUCACUGAGCUGCGGAGGAGGAGGCAGCACAGACACGGGGAUUACUGAGUCAGCAUAGUUACACAACCUGCUCUCUAAACAGAUGCACCUGACAUGCAUCACAUGGAAUAAGUCAGUGUUAAGGAGUCAUGCUGUGAUGGCACUAGAUUUGAAAAGGCCAGUCUUUCUGCAUGUGUUAGUUCCUUUACUGCAGAUCACUCAGUAUCUCACUGCUGAGCAUUUUCCAAAGCAUGUAGCAUUUGAAGAGCGUUCCUGAUUUCCAUUCAUAUCCAUUUACUUAACUCUGCUGACAAUACACUCCGAGGUGUGUGAUCCAUCAUAGGAACGCCAUGUUGGCUCUGUCAGAGUGCAGCGCUGCAACUGUCCUUUGUUUUCUUCAUUUGCUGAAUAUCUUCUUCAUUAUUUGAGCAGUAAUAUUUGUAUAUAAAUGUGGGAAGAAAGGGAAGAAUGUCUCUCACUCUCCACGACUCAAGGUGACGAACAUUAUUCAAAUAUGCAGCUUGUAUGAUGAAGAAAACACACUUCUUCCUUACACACUGCAGAGAGCAGGGACUGAACAUAUGGAAAUAUUUGCUGAUUUAUUUUCUCUACUGAUAAAUUCAUUAAGAAAUCUACGUAAGAGGAUCAUGGCCACAUCCUAACAUAAGAAAAGAUUUGGGCCAAAAGCUUUUCUUUUUUUCUCAGAAUUCUGAGAUAAGUCAUCAUUAAAAUGUGUUUUUAACUUCGGCCACAUCAGAAAAAAGUCUAAAUCUGAGAAUUUUUUAACAAUUCCACAUCUUUUUACUUUUGGUCACAUCCCAAAAGAGUUUUCUCAGGAGGCUCCUAUCCUCUUCCGCAGGAAUCACUUCAGCUCCAUUGACCAUUUUUCUUUCUUAAUUAAUGAAUGUAUCAUUUAGUAAGAAUGUAGGGUAAUGUUUUAGACAUGUUCUUAAUGAAAUGGCGUGUUUAUUCCAGAAACAUUUAACAACAACAUUGCUUCACAAUUGUACAUGUAAUCACCGCCCAAUGUUAACUUCCAGUGAUAAAGAAAACAAGCCUUCACAGAAGUGAUGUGUGUUCUGCACAGAGCAGUUCUGUAAACAAUAUUUCAUUGCCAAAGUCAAGUGAAAUAUGUAAAAAAGAAAAGCACUAUUGACAUAUUGUGUGAAGUGAUGUGGAUUAUUGAAAUGCUCCUGUCCAGCUGAUAUUGUGCUGACUCAGCUUUAAGCAUGGCAGCCACUGUAACCCUUUAACAUCACUUGAACUCCAGUGCAACACCAUGCUAACGCUUGUCACAAAGUUUCAUACUGCCUAUUAAAGAGUUCUCUGUAAUUCUUUGGGAAA